CCGAAAACAUGAAACAUAAACCGAACCUAAGUUAAAAAAACCCGAACGGGUUUAGGAUUCAACUAGUCUGGAUACGUAAUGUGCCCAGUCCAUGGACCAGUCCGACGAAUCAGACCAGCAUGAAGAUCAUAACGUUCCAGACGUCCCAGUUGAGGUUCACUCUUCCAAUCAGACCAGACAGAGCGAUCGGGCCGUGUACCGACUCGACCCGUGAAUGUCCGGAUUGGAGCUUCGGCCAGAUCCAAGACCAGAUGAUCGAACUGACCGAACCGAAGCUCGUCUUUCCCGAACAACUCGACAAGCUAAGGCUGAUGUUCAAGCCAUAAUCAACUUAGGACGAGCCAAUUCCGAUUCAGACCGUGGCUUCUCUCUUUUGGCCCGUUUGGCUCGUACCAUAUGCACCGGCGACUGUGCUGAUGAUCUUGCUUCCUUGUUUGAUCCGAUUAUGGACUUCUCCUUUGGAUAUUUCACUAAGGCAGGGAUCCUUAAGCUCCCAGAAGACUUGGGCCAUGCUGGAACACAACUUGUCCAAUCCGAACUUCCUGCGGUCCUUGCUGAUUGUCCCGCUCAUGUACUGAUCUUUUCCAUCUUGGACGCAACCAGCUCGGACGAAUCUGGACAAGUGCCGAACAGUCAUCUUGACUAGUCUUCUCCUAUUUUCGAGCCUUGACCAGAUCUAGUCAAGUUUAUAUUUUCUAUUGCUUGUUUUUCUACAAUUUUAUUUAUUGUCUUUGACUACAAAACUCUAUAAGUAUGUAAUCUCUUCUAAGUAAUAAAGCAAUCGAUUUUGUCUAAGCUUUUGAGUUAAACUCUUUGUUCUUUGUCUAGAACUUUUCUUUGUUUCUUGGUUAGUCAAUCCAAGCAAAUAUCUCUCAAUUUGUUGGUCUUGUGAGUCAUAUCAAGCAACGGUUCGAGAUUCUUCUAUUGGUAGACUUGUGAGUCAUAUCAAGCACCAACUGAAGUCGGGAAUAUCGGAGGCUCUUCCGCAACCUUCGUGCGACCCAUCAAUCCAUCUAGUUCUCCAUCCGAAGUCCAUAUCAAAUCUGAUCCAGUCGAUUGAACCGAUCUUAGGGUCCUUCAAGUGGUAUCAGAGCCACUCGUCUGGUAUCUUCUGAAUCAUUCCAUCUUCUCAUCUUCCAUUUCUUCAUAAACACUUCUUCUUCUAUCUAUCUUGAAUCCGGGCCCCCCAUUACCAUCCAUUUAAAAAAAAAGAUCUACGAAAAAAAAAGAGUUUCAAGUUUGAUUUCUGGAUUGGUGGUGGAAAAGAAAGCCUGCUGGCUGAGGAGAAAUCCAGCCUUUGAGGUGGUUAAAACGGAUUCUAAAACCAAAAUCUCUUAUCUUUCUAUAUUGAGAAAUAUCCCUUGUGUUUGCUUCGAUUUGUCCAUUGGGAUUCUUAGAUCUGUUCUUCUUAUAACCUUGAGUGGAAACUUGUUUGUGUGACCAUCCAAAUUCUGAGAGAAACACGUAAGUGGGUGAGGAUCAAACACUUGAGAGAAUGAGGAUUUUUAUCUAUCGUUUUGUGUUUAAAAAAUUUCAGGAACCAUGAGUAGUGAUGAUGAACAAAAUCGUCUCGGAAACUCAGUUGCUGGAUUGUCUAACCUUCAAAUGCGUGCUUUGAAUGAUUCUAUGUCUAACAUGUUGAGCGCAUGUUUAGAUCAAAUUCAUCAGCGGCUUGAUGAGCUUCAGGCCAACCAAACUCAUCCUAGAACCGGAGCAAAAAGAAACCGUCCGCGAAGGAACAACCGGUCCGACGAUGAGAUCCAAGAAGAGGACUUCCAAGAGGAUGAGGCCAGAUCCGCAUACCAUCCAAGAAGAGGUCCUAGAAACCGAGAUCAAGGUGAUGUCAAUCCAUUUGCUAGAACUGGUCGUACUGAUGAUAGUUUGAACAGAUUGAAACUGAAAAUUCCAUUUUUCGAUGGCAAAAAUGAUCCUGAUGCAUUUUUUGAGUGGGAAAGGAAAAUUGAGCAUGUGUUUGAUUGUCAAAACUUUUUUGAACUUAGGAAAGUAAGACUUGCUGGUACUGAAUUCUCUGGCUACGCUAUUAAUUGGUAUGAUCAAGUUUUGACCCACAGGAGGAGAACAUGUGAACGGCCGAUUGAGACAUGGGACGAGCUUACCAUGCUGAUGAGGAAAUGAUUCGUGCCUGCUCACUAUCACCGCGACCUCAACCAUAAGCUAAGACGCUUGCUUCAAGGAAUCAAGUCUGUGGAAGAUUAUUACCAAGAGAUGGAGAUCUUGAUGAUCAAGACGGACACGGAUGAGCCUUUGGACGCCACCAUGGCUCGAUUUCUUUCAGGCUUAACUGUGACAUUCAAGACCGUAUGGGGCUUCAAGAGUAUGGUAGUGUGGAACAGAUGCUACACAAAGCCAUUUUGUUCGAGUAACAAAUCAAGAGGAAGAGUUGCUCAAAACUGGCCAUUACUUCCAAACCGGCCUUCUCUCCCAAAUCGGCCUUUGCUACUAAGCUAAGCUAUCAAGACAAAGGUAAGUCUUCUUCCACAACACAUAAUGCCUUUAAAAUUGAUGUUCCUGCUCGUGAUGACAAAGGAAAGGCAGUGGAGACAUCCGGUCGAGCAAGGGACAUUAGGUGCUUCAAGUGUCAAGGUCUAGGACACUUUGCUAUGGGCCUUAAAGGGUCUGAGCCCAUAGCAAGAACACGAGCUUGAGAGGGAGUCGCCGAGGUCGCGGGGAUCGCGUAACAAGAAACAAAGAUCUCGUAGCCACCACGGAGAUCUCGUGCUCGACGCACUAUAAAGGUAGAAGAAGAAGAAAUACGGAAGAGGACGCGUUGAAAACCCUAGAGAGAGCUACACAUUCAUAUCGACCUUGUUUUCUUCCCACCUUUUAGAUUCUUUCUUUACCGAUCUCAUUUGUAUCACUCGAUCUAGUUCAAUUCAUUGUAUUUGAUCUUAGUCAUCAAUAAAGUCCAUUUUCACCUACUGGAAACUGUUUAACAUCGUUGUGUUCUAAAGAUAUUGUUGCCUACAUCAUUUGUCUUCCCUAGAUCAAACCCCGAUCACUAUCAAAUACUUUGUGUAGAUUUUAGGUUCUACAUUUUGGCACCGACUGUGGGAAAGAUAAACGAAAAACAUCUUUUCUAAGAAAAUGAUCUAAGUUUCCUAAGCGCGAUUAUGGAUCCCAACCAAACAACCAGAACCACGUCGUCGGGAGUCAACGACGUCGAUCCUAUCAGAUCCGACUCAGGAGCUGGAGUGACCCCAACUGGUUUAACGGAAGCCAAUGAUGUAACCGAAACAGCUCCAACACAAUGAACCCCUCCGAUCGGGACUUCGAGUCAAGAUCGAUCUCUUCCGAUCAACCAGAUGACGAUCCUGGAACAAACUGGAGCUCGAGUUUGGAACUGUCCCAGAGAUAUAUCAUCCCUGACGACCUAAACCCGAUCCCAAUCCAGACCGAUCUCACCGACUCCUCUAGCCCAAACCCCAGGAGAACAAACCGAACUCCGAGGAAUGAUGACAACUCUAAUUGACUAGAUUCAUAGUCAAAGGGUCACCAACCAAGCUAUUGCUAAUAGACUGAACCAAGCCGAAAGGGAGCUCGCAGAGCAUCGAGCUGCAAAUAUUCGGGAAAGAAAUCAAACGCCCCUCGAUCAAUUAAGGACGACGUCCACCGCCAAAGCACUGGACUGUUCGGCACUCCAGAGAUCCCAAGCGCCCGAUCCAGACGCUACGCGAGAGAAAAUUCGCAACGACCCCCGCCGCAUGGCAUGACCCACCGAAGCUUUAGCUACAGUGGACUGGACGAUAUCGACACUGGACUCCAACGCCCACGAAGCACUCCGAUCCAAUUCCAGAACGGAUCGACGGAGAGGCAUGGGGAGCCAAGAACACGAAUCUCACCAGCAAACCAUUCUUUCCUCGAGAAUAGAACUCCAUCCGCGUCAAGGACCUUCCAUCAAGCAGGGUUCGAUAACUGUUUGAUUUUGAUGUCUCUUUGAUUUUGAUUUAUGAAUAGAUGGAUUCUUUACCAUUUUCUGUUCAAGAUGAUACAAAUAGAAAUUACACAAAGAAAAAUAAUACAAACUCGUGUUCCUCAACGUAAUAACAAAUCAAAAAGAUCAUAAAUCUUAUAUUAAGUUGUUCAAUCUUCUAACUUCAACAAUAUUGUUUCUGGUUUCACAAAGUCAAAUCAAGGAUACAUAGAAUAUUUUUUUAUUUGUUAAACAAUUCGGUUAUACCCGACAUAACCCAAACCCGAACCUUAAAAACCCGAACCCAAUCCGAAGUAUAAAAUAACCCGAACGGGUUCUGUACCUCUCCAUCCGAAAACCCGAAGCACCCGGCCCGAACCCGAAUGGAUACCCGAACGCUCGGGCCUAUUCGUUACUAUUUAAUUUACUUAAUAAUCACCUUAAAUGAUCAUAUUCUUAUUUUGACUAGGGGUAGGAAAAAAAACGAACGGAACCGACUCAAACCAAACCAACCAAACCAAAACCAAUUCAAACCGAACCAAUGUUUAUUUCAAACCAUUCAGUUGAAGAUUUUUCCAACCCGAAUGAUUCGGUUCGGUUCGGUCCGGUUUAAAACUGAACCAAACCGAGAAACCGAUGUGUUUUUGUAAUUAUUUAAAUUAAAAAUAUUAGUAGUACCAAUAUACUAAAAUUCUAAUACUAAACCACAUAUUUUUCAUUUUUAUUCAUUAACAUAUAUUCUUCAGACCUAAUAGGUAAUCAUCAAAAUAUUUGAUUUAAAAAAUAGAAAAUUUUAUAUUUUUAUAUUCUUAUAUAUAUGUAAAUGUGGUUGUUAAAUCUAAACAUAAAACCUAAAACAAAUUUUAUUAAAAUCAAUUUUUUUCCUCUCUGGUGUCACAUGGAAGAUGAUUCAUUGCAGACUUUUUAAUAAUGAUAUAAGAGAUAUUACUGACGAUUUUUUUUGUUAACUUUCAUUUCUUUUAAUUUUUAUAUACUUUUGUUACUCUUUUAAAGGUUUUUGUUUUAGUUUUAUAUUGAAUUUAGUUCACAUAGUUUAUAUUCAUAUAAUUCAUUUCUUAAAAUAUAAUUUCUCUUAAAAAAAUUAACUAAGAAGAAUCUAAUUAAACUGAUUCAAAAUUUAAAUUGAACCGAACCAAAGACAAACCGAACCGAAUAUAAACCAAACUAACUAUGGUUUAUUUCAGUUGGAAAAAUACUAUAACUGAACUAACCAAACCGAACCAAAUCUGAACUGAACCGAAAACAUAACCGAAGUACCGACAUCUAAUUUUGACGAUGAUGUCACAAAUUUAAAUGAAAAUAAAUAUUAAGACAAUGUUAUCUAUAACAGUGAGUAUCUUUUUAUUAGUGGAAACUGCAUUUUAGGGAAACAAAUCUCUGAGUAAGCUAGUUUUAUAUUUCUUUUUACUUUCAGGAUUUUAUUCUAAAUAAACAAAUGAUUUUGUGUCAAUAAUCCUAAUUCGAUUUUUCUUACCAUACAUUUAGUUGACUGAUUCAUCUCACAUCUAAGCUAAUAACACCCCAAAAUCAGUAAAACUCAUACAUCUAAGCUGUUUUCUAGAGUUUUACUUGUUACCACCCAAAUCGGCUACGUUGUAGUUCUUAUAUUUUUACAGUUUUGAGGUUUUCUCAUUUACCAUCACCAUCAUCAUCGAUGGGAAAGCACGGCGGUGCAAAGACCAGAACCGCUGUCUGUUUCUCAGAUGGAGUUAUCUUCUUUGCCGGAGCCUUCAUGUCUCUAAUUCUCGUUUGGUCCUACUUCUCAAUUUUUUCACCUUCCUCCAAUUUCACCCUAAUCGGCUUUCGACGAGGCACCGAACCGGCUAAAUGCUCCGGUUUCGACAUGCAAUUCGACCCGGAAGAUCCCGGUUCUUUUUACGACGACCCGGAUCUAAGCUACUCGAUCGAGAGACCAAUCACGGGAUGGGACGAGAAACGGAAACAAUGGCUCGAAUCGCACCCCUCGUUCAAACCCGGUUCAGAAAACCGGAUCGUGAUGGUAACCGGUUCGCAACCGGCGCCGUGUAAAAACCCGAUCGGAGACCAUCUACUGCUCCGGUGCUUCAAGAACAAAGUCGAUUACUGCCGAAUCCACGGCCACGACAUCUUCUACAGCAACUCUCUGCUUCACCCGAAGAUGAAUUCGUACUGGACGAAGCUCCCGGCGGUUAAGGCGGCGAUGCUCGCUCACCCCGAGGCGGAGUGGAUUUGGUGGGUUGACUCCGACGCCAUUUUCACCGAUAUGGAAUUCACGUUGCCGUUGCACCGUUACCGUUAUCACAAUCUAGUGGUUCACGGUUGGCCGAGUAUUAUCUACGAUCAACAGAGUUGGACGGCCGUUAACGCCGGCGUUUUCCUCAUUAGGAACUGCCAAUGGUCGAUGGAUUUGAUUGACACGUGGAAGAGUAUGGGCCCGGUGAGUCCUGACUACGCAAAGUGGGGUCCGAUCCAACGGUCUAUAUUCAAAGAUAAGCUCUUUCCCGAGUCGGAUGAUCAGACGGCUCUGAUUUAUUUGCUGUAUAAACACAAAGAGGUGUAUUACCCUAAGAUAUACCUCGAAGCAGAGUAUUAUUUCCAAGGGUACUGGAUCGGUGUCGUUGGGGGUUUCUUCGCUAACGUGACGGAGCGGUACCUCGAGAUGGAGCGAGAGGACGCCACGUUGCGGAGACGGCACGCGGAGAAGGUGAGCGAGCGAUACGGUGCGUUUAGAGAGGAGAGGUUUUUGAAAGGCGAGUUUGGAGGGAGAGGGAGUCGCCGGAGAGCGUUCGUGACGCAUUUCACGGGAUGUCAGCCUUGUAGUGGGGACCACAAUCCGAGUUACGAUGGUGACACGUGUUGGAAUGAGAUGAUCAGAGCCCUUAAUUUCGCUGAUAAUCAGGUGAUGCGCGCGUACGGGUACGUGCAUACUGAUCUGAGUAAGACUUCUCCUCUUCAACCUCUGCCGUUCGAUUAUCCUGAUGAGACAUGGUGAUUUCUGUUGUGUGGUUUAACUUUUAGUGAUUAUAAUGGUCUGGAAUAUUUACUAGUUCGUUGCAUUAAUCUUGAUUAGGAGUAAUUUGAAUGAUAAUUCAAAUUAAAAAAAACUAAAACUAAAAAGGAAUUGGACGUAGAGUAUUA